CGGCGGAGGCAGGGCCAGGCCCCGGCCCCGGCCCCGGGGAGCCGGCGGCGGGGCCGGGAUUGGCGCAGGGCGGACGCGGCGCUGUCGGCCCCGCGGAGAUGCCGCUGCAGCUGCUGCGAAGGGCCCUGGCGGCCUCGGCCCAGCGCCUCCGCCCGCCCGCGGCCCCCUGCGCCGCGCCGCGCGGGGCGAGGCCCUGCAGCCUGGCCGCCUGCUCCUCCUACCGCCUCCGCGACGCCCUGCAUCCGCUUUGGCAGAGCGAGUUUUCAGUUUCGGGGGGCACUCGGCAGUCUCCAAUCAACAUCCAGUGGAGAGACAGUGUUUACGACCCUCAACUGACGCCCCUGAAAAUCCACUAUGACCCAGACACAUGUCUCUAUAUCUGGAAUAAUGGGUACUCAUUCCAGGUUGAAUUUGACGAUUCCACAGACAAAUCAGUAAUUAUGGGAGGACCCUUGGAAAAUCAUUACAGGCUAAAGCAGUUCCACUUCCACUGGGGAGCCAUAAAUGAAUGGGGUUCAGAGCACAUGGUUGACAGCAAAGUCUACCCAGCAGAGCUACAUUUAGUACACUGGAAUCCUGUCACGUCCACAAGCUUUGAAGAAGCUAUCAUGGAGAAUAAUGGUUUGGUUGUCAUAGGAGUAUUUUUGAAGCUGGGAGCUCAUCAUGCAGGACUACAGAAGUUAGUAGAUGCGUUACCAGCAGUUAAACACAAGGAUGCAAUUGUUGAGUUUGAUGUCUUUGACCCCUCCUGUUUGGUGCCAUCAUGCCCAGAUUAUUGGACCUAUGAUGGAUCUUUGACCACUCCACCACUUACUGAAUCUGUCACCUGGAUUAUUAAGAAGACACCAAUAGAAGUUGAUCAAAAUCAGCUUGAGGAGUUUCGAAUGCUGCUCUUUACCUCAGCUGGGCAGGAAGAAAAGAGGAUGGUAGACAACUUCCGCCCGCUUCAGCCACUGAUGAAUCGGACCGUCCGUUCAUCCUUCCGAAACCACCACCUAUUGAAUGUUGAAACAAGACCCAGCGAACAUGCCCACCUACGUAGCCCAUAGGGUAGCCUAAAAAGAGACAGUACAUGUUACACUAUCUAAAAGUUACUAACAGACACUUUAUUUUUAAAAAUUCUGUAUGUAGUGUGUGUAUACACUAUAGAAUUUCAUGGUCAGUCGUUUGAAGGGAUUUGGGAUUUACUGCUUGGCAUUUCACCUUCAGUGGGUCAGCUUUUCUGUAGCAGUACAUACUUAUUUUUUACCAAACUUCUAAAGCAAGUAGCAAUAACUCAUAGCAUGUAUCGGGUUAUUUUCAGAAUUUAAAGCAAAAUAAGGGAGUGAGGUUUCACCACCCUAUCCCAUGUCAUGGUUAGUUUGUAUCUCAUGAAAUGCUUUUGCUUAAAGACUUCUGUUCAAACUACUAACCCCAACAGAGCAACACUAGCAAACUGGGGGCACAAAAAGAAGUCUCUCAUAGAUAACAGAUCAUGUCCACUGUAGGAUUACUUUGUGGGAGGAGGGGAAAACCGCUUUCUAUAGGCAAAAAGAAAAUAGAUACACUUUGUAAAGAUUGAAAACAGUUUCUUGAGUAAUGUGGUGCUGAUCCUAAAGUAUGGUCCAGAUGGCCUUUUUUUAUCUACCUCUGCUAGCCAUAGUUUUCUCUAUAUUCAUCAUGUUUCACUUACUUUGUAUAUUUUACUUUGUUUAAUGUCCAUCAUGUGGGUGAAAUUUGUGUACAAAUGGAUAACACUUCAUUUCUGAUGGAAACUAAGUCUGUCUUUAGACCUUAGAAGUUAUAUGGAGUAGAUUAGUUUAAGUCAUUUUGGAAAACAAAUGAGAAAGCUUGACCUUAGCUAGCAAAUGGGAAAGACUCCAAUAACUGAGGUCACUCGGUGUGAGUGAGAUCAGUACAUUAGCCCUUCAAUGCUAAAUUUUGAGCCUUAUGACAGAGUUUCAAGUUUGCAUAUUUGAUUCAAAAACACUUUGGGAUGGGGUGGAGGGGUGGGAGGCUCUGUUUAUUUUGAGUGUGGGCUUUUGGCUAGUUAAUUUGAGUGGCUUAGUGUUGUCCCUGCUUCCUUCAGUAACCCUGCCUCUAGCUGAUUGCCUUUUUGCCUUGAGAAUAAAAUUUCCCCAUCUGCCUUAAAGUGUGGGUCUAUUCUAAAAUGCAAGUGUGUGUAAAUGGCUUUUCUCGUUCCCUAGAUCUGCUCUCCUGUGCGUAGUCAGAUCAGAUCUGCGCACUGAAGCGUUUUCACAUCUGUUAGCCCUUCAGAGCCCCCACAGCUAGGUGGAAUUGAGCUGGAUUCCAUUCCUUCUUGUGCAUCAUCAACAGCACGGUUUAUUAACUUUCAGUCACCUGUAACUGAAAACAGUGGCUGGCACAGAUGUCACUGCGGGCAUCAUCUGAAUACCAUGGGGCUGAAAGGAGUAACUGAUGCCAUACAAGUACUCCUUUUCUUUUUGCAUAAUUUGGUCUGUAGAACAACUUAUAUGCAUGAUUAUGCGUGAGAAUGAAAGAUCCCAGUGUGACUCUUGGAGACGAGGUGAAGUUUGCUGGAUUCACAGCUAGGAAAAGUGAGACAAGGUGGAUGAGGUAAUAUCUGUUAUUGGACCAGCUUGUGUUGGUGAGAGAAACACGCUUUUGAGCUACAAGAACUGCUCGUCAGGUCUGGGAAAGGUACUCAGAGUGUAGCUUGAAAGCGUGUCCCUUUCACUAACAGAAGUUGGUCCAAUAAAAGAUAUUCCCUCAUCCACCGUGUCUCUCUCGUGUCCUAGGACCAACGCUGCUAGAACAACAGUGCAAACAAGCUGGGAAAAGCAUCAUUUUGCUCUUUAAACUGAGCAUGCUUGGCCUGGAUUCAUUGAAAGUGAUCAUGAAGCCCAGCAAUGCCAUUCCUACAACUACUUUUCAGAGUGGAACCACACUUGAAGAUGACAGUAACUUUAAAUCAAUCAUUUAAAGGUAUCUUUUAUACCUUCCCCCAUCACGGCCACUCUCCCAGUAAGGGAGUGAUAUUUUAAACUGUUAAAAAUGGCUGACUGCGGUAUUCUGUAAUCUUAAUGCUGCUGUAUUUACAUUUAAAGGCUAGUGAUGACUAGGAUUCUAUAAGUAAAUAAAUCUUAAGAACAUAAGAUCAGCCAUACUGGGUCAGAUCAAAGGUCCAUCUAGCCCAGUAGCCUGUCAUCUGGCAGUGGCCAAUGCCAGGUGCCCCAGAGGGAAUGAACAGAACAGGUAACCUCAAAUGAUCCAUUCCCUGUCUCCCGUUCCCAGCUUCUGGCAAACAGAGGCUGGGGGCACCAUCCCUGCCCAUCCAGGCUAACAGCCAUUGAUGGACCUAUCCUCCAUGAAUUUAUCUUAUUUGAAUGUAUCUUAAAUUAAUCUAAAAUAUUCACAUGGGUAUAGUGGGGAGAAGUGAUUGUAAAAUGGUUACUUCUGGUAGAAAAACGGAGUGAAUAUUAGUUUGAAAUAAGUCAGAACUCCACAAUCACCUCUCUAAGUUACUUUUCUGACUAGUUACUGCUUUAAAUUUUUUUUUUUAAGUCACUGGCAGUGGAAUGGAUUUUGCAGGUUUUAGAUAAUUUCAUACCCAGGACUUAAGCAUUUUAGCUUCCUUGAUGAGUUAUUAGCAAGUUCUUGUUCUCUUUUGAUUUGCAAAGAUUAUUUCACUAGUUGAUACAGCUUUCAUGAUAUACAUAGAUGCAAAAUACAUUUUGUUCUUCGGGGUCUAUCGUAAACAUGUGCACACAUGCUAGCUAUGCAGCUGAUAAGCUGCAGUCAGGGGGUACGUUUCAGUUAGAUAGUCUAUGCUCUGAUGAGUGUAAAAUAUCUGGAAGCAGAUUUCAAUAUUAAAGACUGUUGUUAUAUUUUCUUAGCACAAUAAACAAGUUUUUUACAGGGAUUUUUCUGUUACAAGUAGUAGUGAAACUGUGUCUGCAUCUGUGUUUACAUGUUCAUAUGGUUUUGUGUGUCUGUGGCAAAGAAAGAAUAUAUAUUUAAAUUACAGGGUAAAUUGUCCCAUGUUCAUGCAAUUAGUAGAAGCUUGACUUUUAUUUUUUACGUGUAUGGUGAUUAUAUCAGCCUUGCAAAAUUGUGUUCACCCAGGGAGAGUUGUUCUUUCCGGAGCAGCAAGAGGGACAUCAGCCUUUCCCCUCAUUUCUCCAGCAUCAUGGUAAAAAGCAAAUGAUUUGAUGUGUUAGCUAAUAGUGUGUAAUUACAUUUCAUGAUGACUUUGCAAGGCUCAUUAAGUCUGACAGAUGUCCACAUAGUUAUCUUAAGGCUUAACUUACUUUAGAUAUCACAGUGUAAAGGGGUGUGAAUAUAUAAUUCUGUUCUGACUUGUAUGAUGACCAUUUUAGUUAUUUAAUACAGCUGUAAUUAAAAGUUUCCGCAUUUUUUGGAAAUAUGCAGCUUAUACCCCUGGGAACUGGUGGAAGAGGGGACUUCUGUGGCACUAAUUUACUGCAGGGUAAAGAUGACCUCGGAGUUAGUGGUAUUAAGAUAGGGAAGGCUGAAAUGAGGAUUGUAACUGCAGGGCAGUACCUGUCCAGUCUUACUGUCAAACUUGUGUGCAGUAACAUGGCAAACUCAGCACAGGGAGUAUUAUUGUGAGUUAAAUAUCACUCUGAUAAAAACCUAGCUGUUUGGUGGCUUCAUAAUGUUAGAAUGACUGUAUUUGCAACAAAAUAUUUGCUACAUUCCAGAAUUCUCAGACCACUAUUCAGUAUGUGAUUAACUUAUACUUGAGCUGCAUUGUUUUUGACCUCAAGUCUUGGCGAAGAGAAUUCUUCUUGCCUUGAAAUGCAUACCUAUCUGGGAGAUUAUCUUGAUCUCUCAAAAGUCUGCUUGCUACCAGAGUACUGGAAUUUCAUUUUUCAUAUUAAGGGACCUUUUUUUUCCUGGUAAUCCUAGGUGUUCAUAAUGUAACUAACGUUGUAGUGGUUUUCCUUAUUUAAUAUUCAUAUUUGCUGUCAAGUUUGAAAGCCUUCUUUUUUAACCUUAUGUUCCUCAUUAUCUGUACUUAUUUUCUUGGCAGUUAUUGCACUGUGUAUUUUAACAUAUGUAUGAGUAUAUCCUAUGCUCAUAAUUAUUAUUUACUUAUUGAAUCAUCUGGUAACAUGGAAUAUUUUAGGCUUGGUUUAUUCUCCUGGGAUAAAUGCAUUUAUUCUUAGUUACCUGAUAUAAAGAAGUUCUUAGCUGCUGUAUUUUUUGAAAAUAUUCAACUAGUGCAUAUAUACACAAUAAAAUAGUACAAGAGAA